AUGCCUUGUUACAUGUCAGACUACAUGUCAUCUACCAGCAGAGCCCGCAUUAUUCCAGUCAGACGUCCUCUCCUUCCUCCGAAGAAGUCCUCCGUGUGUCUAAAUCCCAGCUCCAGACCGGCCGACAUCCAGUUUCGAAAACCUGCCUUCUCAGAGAAUGAUGUUUCUUUUGAUGAUCAAAAAUACCGGCAAGAAAGAAGUUGCCCGGUGAUUAUCGAGUACGAUUUUUCCAACGCCCCGCAGCCAUUUUUGGAUCCGGAUGUUUGGAAUAGGAUGCGGAGGCAGGCUCAAGAAUCUACGCCGGGACGGGAGGAUGGAUCUUAUGGUGAUUUAGAGGAGCGUGACAGACGAAGAGAAAGGGAAGCAGAGUAUGGAGGGCUUGCCAUCCAAGGCAGAGCGGCCAGAAGGAAGAAAUGA